AUGCCUCACAAACACAAACGCAAGCGCGAAGAGGAUGAUUCCAAUUUCAACUUGCCGCCCACGUCCCGCGCGCGAACUUUGUCCGUGCACCAGAAGUCUGAAUCCAUCUUCACCUCAGACGCGGACAGGAAACGUACGCAGGAGGCGAGGAGGGGUAAAAAGAAGAAUAGCAAGAGCAAAAGCAAUGGGGCGGCGGACUUUGAGGACGAUACUCCCAAAGCGUUCAAGCGGUUAAUGGCGUUCCAGCCGGGUGCAGGUGGGAAGAAGAUGCGGCCGUCGGGCCUGGACGAUGGAGAUCUGUCGAAGAAGAAGAAGAGGAAGCAGCAAAGGGAAAGGGAGGAUAGGGUGGUACCAAACUCAGAAUCAGCUUCGAAACCUGAUCCAUUAGGGGGAGAUGCUGGCGCAUCGACAGAAGCAUCCGACACCACCACCACUCAGCUCCCACGUCUCCUCCCAGGGGAAUCCCUCUCCUCCUACUCAGCGCGAGUGGACCAAUCCCUCCCUCUAACCUCGAUCCCCCGGCACCGCACACGCCUCACCUCCAUCCCCGGGUUGGAAAAGAUAAAGACACCACUAACAAAACACAACAAGCGCCUGGCGCGGAUGCAGAAGGAGUGGCGCGCCACGGACGCCCGGCUCAGGGAGAAAAAACAGGAAGAGCAUGAAGAGAUGCUGGAGAAGAAGGAGGAGGAUGAGAUCCUCUGGCUUGGGGCGGGGAUUGAUCCCACGCUGAGCACAAACUCCAACAACAACAAUAACAAGAAGAAGAAGAAGAAGCGGAAAGGAGGCGAUGGCAUGGAUGACGCCGACCCUUGGAAAAUACUAGAAAAGAAGCGCCGUGAGGAAGGGCAGUUGGGUAGACAGGCGAACUUGCAGGACGUGGUGGCGGCGCCGCCGACUCUAAAACCAGUCAAGAAUAUCUUCAAGGAGAAGCCCCAGCUCCAGAGAAAGUCCGGGACGGUCUCGGUAGUAUGA